UCACUAAGCCUCGUGCUUACAGUGUCAGUUUUGGUUUCAGGGGGAGUGUUUGGGAUAAGAUUUGUGAUAGAUAGGAGAGAUUGUUUUUCACAAAAAUUCGAGUAUGAUGUGACAGUUCGAUAUUCGUUUGUGGUUAUUAAUGUUGAAGAUCAUGAUGAUAUUCACUAUACGGAAUAUCCCACCGAUCUUGUGGUGAAGGGACCUAAGGGUGAACAAAUUCACGAUUUUCGUGACAAAAUAAGUGGCAAAUCUGAUUUCGUUGUGCAUAAUGAAGGCGUUUAUCAGUUCUGUUUCUCUAACAAAUCGCCCUACAUGGAAACCGUAGACUUUGAUGUCCAUUCUAGCCACUUUUAUAACGAUGUGAAACAUGCACAAAAUGAUCAUUUGAAUUCGAUUAUGGAACAAAUAUCUAAGUUGGAAGAUGCUCUAUAUAAGAUUCAAUUUGAACAACAUUGGCUUGAGGCUCAGGCUGAUCGACAUGCAAUAAUAAAUGAAAAAAUGAGUAAGAGAGCUAUGCACAAAGCUCUCGGGGAAUCUGCUGCUUUGAUCGGUGCUAGCAUACUACAAGUGUACCUUCUCAAACGUCUCUUUGAACGAAAGAUUGGGAUGUAAAAGCUUAAUUAAUGCAUGAUCGAUCUUAGAAUGUUUACACUCUUCACUGUGGUAGACUUUUUUUUUUAUUAUUGAUGUUAUUAAACUAUCUAUCUAUAUAGACAUACAGACAACUAGACAAGUUUCCACUUGUAACUAUGUAUCAUAAGACAUGUGGAAAUAAAAGAAUUAGUUACUUUUCAACAU